ACCAAGGACCAGAACCAAAGACAGCGCCACGUUUAUACGUGAGCUGCGUCAGGAAGCUUCUUGGAGAGAUGAGGCGCACUGACAAAAUCUCAGAGCAACACAACAAGCUCGUGAAGAACUGUGUCACCUGUGCGCACAGAAACAUUUUAUUUGUUUUUAUUUAGCAGAAAACUGGCACAUGGAGCCAUAUCUAAAGAUUAUUUCCAUGAUGCGAGUCAUUUGGAUCUGAUCAUGACUUAAACACUCUCGUGGAUAAAAGUUAAGAAAAAAAUGUCUGGAGAAUUUAGCGACACUGCUUAUGAAGGCUCGGCAGGGAUCGUCUAUGCUGCUUCCUUUAACUUGAGCUAUGUUUUCAACACGACCAAUAGCUCGUACGAGGACUACCUCCACCUGUCAGACUCUGAGAAAGCUGACUCUGUGGGAGAUGGAGCCGCUGUUGUCAGGAUUAUCAUCUCGGUCAUUUACUCUCUGGUUUGUGCGCUGGGUCUGGUUGGAAACCUGCUGGUCUUGUACUUAAUGAAGUCUAAACAUGUGUGGAAAAAAUCUUCCAUCAACCUUUUCGUAACUAGUUUGGCGGUGACUGACUUCCAGUUCGUCCUGACUCUGCCCUUCUGGGCUGUGGAAAACGCGCUGGACUUCACUUGGCUUUUCGGCAAAGCGAUGUGCAAGAUAGUGUCCUAUGUGACGGCAAUGAACAUGUACGCCAGCGUUUUUUUCCUGACCGCCAUGAGCGUGGCGAGGUACUGGUCACUCGCGUCUGCCCUGAAAGGCAGGCGGAGGCGGGCUCACUACUGCUCUGCGCGGUCCAUCACCGUUAUUAUCUGGGUUUCCGCCGUCUCCGCCGCUCUGCCGCACGCGGUUUUCUCCACGACGGUGACAGUUUCCAACGAGGACCUGUGCCUCGUCAAAUUCCCGGAAACCAACGGAUCGGCGCAGUUCUGGCUCGCGCUCUAUCACUCUCAAAAAGUGCUGCUCGGCUUCGUGGUGCCUCUGGGCAUCAUCUCAGCCUGCUACCUGCUCCUUUUGCGCUUCAUCACCAACAAAAACAUCAACACCUCGAGCGCCAAGCGACGCGCCAAAGUCACAAAGUCCGUCACAAUAGUGGUCUUGUCCUUCUUUCUUUGCUGGCUGCCCAACCAGGCGCUCACAGCCUGGGGCAUCCUCGUGAAACUCAACGUGGUUCACUUCAGUUAUGAGUACUACACCAUGCAAGUGUACGUGUUCCCCGUGUCCGUGUGCCUUGCGCACUCCAACAGCUGCCUGAAUCCCAUCCUGUACUGUCUGAUGAGGCGGGAGUUCAGAAAAGCGCUGAAAAAACUCUUCUGGCGGAUGACAUCACCGACUCUGACCACCUUAAGACCGAUCACAGCCACCACAAAGCCGGAGGCGGACGAGCAAGGGCAGGUCUUGGUCCCCGUGUGCGCACCCGAGGAGCCCGCGGUGGUGUUUUAUCCUCCCGGGGAAGUGAUUUACAAUGACAGGCGAGACCUACCCCAGAACAGCGCUUAAUCGAAGGCACGUUUUAAAUCCUCUGUGAUGUUGUAUUCAUACACAUUUACAUCAAUCAGGUCAGUUUUGUUUGCCUCACAGCUGUCCAGGUUGGAGGAGGGAAAACGUCAAACAGAAGCGCUUAUGACUCAUGUUUGUCCACAGAAAUGCUACUUUGGCCUCACCCUGGUUGAGAUUUUAAAAAGCCAACUUACUGGCGUUCCUACCUAUGAGAAAAGACGCAUAUUUUAAUAAGGUGUCAAAACAUAUAUUAAAUGUGCAGGUAAAGUGCAUCAACAAAAUGUGAGACAUUUGCUCAUCUUCGCCCCGUCCUUAUCUUGAAUGACAUUUAGUUGUUAAAUGCCACUAUAAUGUUACAGAGAAUAUGUUUCACAGACCUGUGCUGAUUGUGUGUGUGUGUGUGUGUGUGUGUGUGUGUGUGUGUGUGUGUGUGUGUGUGUGUGUGUGUGUGUGUGGGGGGGGGCAUAGUUGCAUAGACUGAUGUUUUGAACUGUGGGAGGAAAAGUUUGAUUGAUACAUAUGGAGAAGGGGUGUUAUAAUUAGGUAUGACGGACACUACAUACAUUUGUUGCUAUUGCAGAAUUUACUGAAUUUUUAAAACAAAUUAAAUGUUUUUUUAUGUUUGUUUUUUGCAAUUAGACGAAUUUAGAAAAUCGUGCUUUUAAAAGUGUUUUCAUUUCAAGCUCCAUUUUUUGCCAAUCAAAAUACAAACUUAUACCUUUACGUGCCAAAAUGAGAGUGGCCACAACCAAUCACAGAAUGAGUAAUAAUUCCUUUAAAAACACCACCCCACUCAAUCCCGACACUCGUGAGUGCAACAGAUGGGAGCACAUAAUCAGCACUCAUUUACUCACAUCCAUUCGCUGAGAGGACAGCGAUGACUUUUAAUAAACAGAGAGCAAAGUUCUCAGUAAAUAAAUCGAAUUUAAAAGCAGUCAAAAAUGGCAUUUCACUGACAGCUUCGCUCUCCUCCCUCUCCUCCCUUUCGCACGUGUUAAUGCAGUGUGAGCAGAAUAGAACCCUCCCUGAAAAGCUAUUCAUGUGUCCACAUUGAACCAAAAAUGAAAAAUAAAAAUAGGGUCAAUUAAGUGCUUAAGACCAUCCUGUUCUAAAGACUCUCAUUUGGUUAAUAUGCCUCCAGAGCCUUCAGUCCAUCGUCUGUUCAAGCUGUGAGCCCAUGAGAAAAACAGUGACAGAAAAAGAAACAAGAAAAAACCCCUACAUACUAACAGGUGUCUUGCAAACCCACUCAAGUAACCAACAUUAUGGGAUAAAGAGAAUAUAUGUACACAUGGCACCAGGCUAAUCUAAUUACAAGUGAAUGCCAAACAGCUUCAGGACCUUGGUUUUAAAUUAGCACACCAGAGAAAUGAUUCAUGUGGGUGUUCAAUCUGAAAACCACAGUGCACUCACACAUAUCAUGGGACACAUGGAAAGUAAGUAAAAUCCCCUUUGAUGGAAGUAAUAAAAAAAUGACUUGAAUCAAAAUCAUGAUUAGAAAUUUAAAUGUAAUAUUCAUUGCUCAGAAGGCGAUCUGAUAUCUCCCCCUCACGUGGGCCAGGAUGUAAAGGACAUUGAUGCAAAUAUGAUUAGAUAAUCUACAAAGGCUUCUUGUUGUGAACGAUAGUUAUCUUAUUCACUCAAUUGGCUAUAAAUAUGCAACACCAAUUAAAAAACUUGGGACAUUGUGCAAAAUGUAAAUAACAGCAGAAUGCAGUAAUUUGCAAAGCCAUAUUUUAUUCGCAGUAGAACGCAGAAGACAUAAUAAAUUGAGGAAAUGUAUACUUCGGGAAAAAUAUGAACUCCUUUCAAACUCGCUUGCAUCAAACACAUGUCUAAAAAGUUGCCACUGUGUGGCAUCCUCUCUUCUUUUCACAACAGUCUAUAAACAGCUGGGAACUGAGGAGAGUAGUUGCUCGGCUUUUGGGAGAGGGAUGUUAUGGAAGAGGAUU